CCAUCGACGGCAUGGUGCAGGGCCUGGAGCGGGAGCACAUCCGCAAGAUGCAGGGCCUCAUGUUCCGCUGCAGCGCGACCUGCUGCGAAGACCAGCGGUCCUCCAUGCAGCAGGUGCACCGGUGCAUCGAGCGCUGCCACGCGCCGCUGGCCCAGGCCCAGGCGCUGGUGACCGGGGAGCUGGAGCGGUUCCAGAACCGCCUCUCUCGCUGCACAAUGCACUGCAAUGACAAAGCAAAGGAUGCCUUGGACUCUGGGAGCAAAGAAUCGCAGGUGAAGCUGCAGCUGGAGAACUGCGUGAUGAAGUGCGUGGAUGACCAUGUUCAUCUCAUCCCCAGCAUGACAAAGAAGAUGAAGGAGACCUUGACCGGCAUCGCUCAGUAGCCCUGCCCUUGUGCACAAACCCAGGUCCACCUAGGAAGGACAGCAGAUAUGGAUGUGUGUGCCUUAAUCGUCCUGAGUAGGGGAAAAUGCACUCGUGGGUGUAUCCACAUCUGGGCCAGAUCUAAGCAGAAGUCUUGCCACUGGCACUGAUAUGACGAGGGAUUCAAACAGGAAAGGAGCCAUCGGAACCUGGAAAGCUGUGCUGCUUCAGUUUGCUGAGUGAGUCAGAAAUGAACAUUUUAAGGGGUUUUAAAAAUGCAACAUCAAAAUGUGAACUUUCUAUCAAAAUAUGUGAGGUCUUUAUAGUCACUCCCCAAACAAAUGUUUA